AUGGAUGACAACUACUCUGUCACGCUGAGCUACCUCACACUAUUGGCUAAUACAGUAACACUUGAGACACAUGAUUUGAUAUGGAGUAAACUACUCCAACCUAGGCAUAGGUUCGUACGAUGGCUGGCUGCUCAAAAGAAAUUGCUGACAAAAGAUAGGAUGGCUGGUAUGGGCAUAGGAUGUGAUAAAGCAGCGUGUGUUCUCUGUGAUCAAGAUGAAUUGGAGGACCACACACAUUUGUUUGUUGAUUGCGAAUGGUCUAAGGCAGUAUGGAGCGGCAUUGAACAGUGGCUGGGGGUUCAGGUUCCUCAAGUAGAGGGCAAUAUGGUGUUGCAGUUUAUCCAAAACAAACAUUGGUGCAGAAUGAAGAAGGAAGUUAUAGCUGCUAUCCAUGGUGCAAGAAUAUACUUCAUUUGGCAAGCUAGCAAUUGGAGGAUAUUCAAAGGAAUUACUAUCAACACGAGCUCAAUAGUGCAACAAAUACAGUUUAUAGUGCGAGGAAGAAUAGGAAUGUUUAUAGAUACAAAGCAGUCUUUCAUAUUUCAUCUUUUUUUGUUCUCUUCAUAUAUUGAAGAGAAGAAUCAACAUCUCCUUCAACCUCUCAUACAAACAACCACCACAAAUUCAGUUGAAAAUGACUACAAAAUCACCUCUUCAAAUGCAAUUGUAAUCCUUAGGCUUGUUUUGGUCAUUUUUGUAGGAGUCAUCUCCUUAUGGGCAAGUUAUGAAGCCUCCAAAGGUUUUGCCAUAACCAUUGUCAAUGAAGACAACGAUCAAAGUACAUUUGCAAGUAAGCGUUUCAAUCUCUUUUUCGUGUCGAACGAUGAGGCCACACGUUUAAUCUUGAAGACUAGUAAAUUUGUUGAAAAUAUUCUUUAUCCUAUGAGUGAUCAUCAGUUCUCUUACCAACCUCAGAUCAAGAAGCAAGUCAAACAUGUCAGCCUCCGGCUAUCUAGCCGGAAUUUGACUCGUCCGAUCAUUGUUAAGUCGUCCCAACAUGACGAUGAGUUUGUUCUACAUAUAAGUCCUUCAAUUUUGGAAGGUCCAAAUUAUAAGCAUGACAUGUUUUUGGCGUUGCAAAAAGGCGUGGCGCGUAUAUGGCUAUGGGAUGGUCAAGGUAACGCCCCGUCUAAUCUUGUAAAUGGCAUGAUUGAUUAUAUUACUAGUUUGGCUAGUUCAUCCGGACAUGUUACGUCAGAAUCUGAACUAGUCGAGUCAGUGGCCUUAGGCCGGAGGUGUUGGAAGAGCAAGGAUAUAAGGACCAUAGUAAAGUUAUUGAAUUAUUGUGAGGGGAGAAGAGAAGGAUUUGUUAGAAGAUUGAACAAAGAGAUGAAAAAUGGUUGGCAUGAGAACAUGAUUGAUGAUGUAUUAGGAAUGCCAGCUUGGCAUCUAUGUGAAACUUAUAAUAAAGAAGUGUUCUAAAAAUGUUUAUGAUCGAGUACAUAACUUUAUGAAUGAAUGGAUCAAAUCGAGUUGAAAAAUGGAAAGAUUUAUAGGAGUACAAGUUAUACGUUUCGUCACCACGGCCCCUUCAGAAUUUGGUUCUUUUUGGAGUUAUAGCUGAUGAAUGCUUUUUAAUUCCAUCUCUACUCCAGGACCGGCCUUGAGAGUUUCUUCUUAUUCAGCUCCUCGCGGAUAAAAGGAUUCGAAAAAAAUUAAUUAUUCUUCAAGUGAAAGAGAAUAUGGCAUCUGGAAACUGCCACAAUAUGUGUUAAUUAUUUCUGUUACGAUCAAGCUAUUACUCUGGAUUGCAACAUUACGACAUGCCCCUAUAUGUGUGCACCAACAGAAGAACAUGGUUGUAAACGAGAGAAAUUGAAGUGGUCUUUUUAUUUCAUUAAUUUUUAUUUAUUGAAGUGGGGUUGGGGCAUCAAUUUCCAUCUUCUUUUUUCAGAUAAUUGACAGAAUCAUUUUAUGAUUCUUUAUCUUGCUUUAUUUUUCUUUAUAUCCUUUUUUUCUGGCCAACUAUUUUGUAUGGUGAUUCUUUCUUUGUUUAUAUGUAGUACGAGUGAUAUUUAUC